AUGUUUCACAACGAAUUGUCGGAUGGCGAUGCAGAGUUGCUUGAUGCCUCUGAUGCACAGACCAAGAACUCAAGUCAGAUGCAGGAUUCGGCUCAUUGCUCUCAGCUUCUGCCUUCCCUCCUCCUCUUCUUCCUCCUAUGUUUGAAUUUCAUCCUCUUGUUUUGGGGGAUGGGAAUGUUUGACAAGAGAAGCGCAGACCAAUCUGCAUACAGGCAUGUGUCAAAGUGGUUCAGCCGGUCGAUGAUUUAUCACCUGCCUCAUCUAUCAUAUGAUGGGAAUUUUACAGUUCAGUACGUGGGACAUUACGCGCAAGUUGAGUUCUACUUGAGGAUGCAGGGGCGAGACUUUGAACAACAGAAAGCCAAGUACGUCGUAGCUUUAUCAGGUCUGUUGAAAGUCAAAGCCGAAGAAAUCACCGUAAGCGCUGCCUCAUCCAGCAGUCUGGACAAAGUGAAGAUCGAUCUUCAAGUCCGGACAAACCAUUCGAGUUCAUUCCCGAGUCGAUUGAUGUUGAAGAACUUUCAAACAGCCUUCUCGAAUGCUGGCCUGCCGUCUAUCAACUCGACAGACACGUUUCAAAUCGUUAAAAUGGGAAAGAAUGAGUUCUCAGGAGCGCCCAUCACUUUCUUUCGGUAUCUGUUCUCCCCAACCAUGAGUAGCAAGCUUGGCAAGUGCUUCUCAAGUCCCCUCCGGUCAAACUAUGAAGAGGCGCAAUGUCAAUACAUGGAUGUUGCUCUCUGGUGCGCGAUGUGGGGGAUCGUAAUCGUUCCAGGGGUUCUGCUGCUCAUGGCAUCGGCCUUGUUUGCUUGCAGCAGAAACCUCUCUCUCCUACCGCUCUUCUGCUUCUCCGAGGGCCACAUGCAGGUCGGCUGCCUUGACUUGUUCACCAGAGUCCCUCUGGUGGUCUACAGCCCGAGGUGGCAAAUCUGCUCGAGUGUCUUGUACGUCUGCCUGCUGGUGUUUGCAUCCUGCAUCAGCAUCAUCGGGAUAUCCAGCAGCUCUCAGCUGGACUUCAGCCUGGUCGAGCUGACCUCAAGCAGACGGCAGGUCUUGGAUUACCCCUUGCAGAGGUUGAGGGAGGUGAGCAGCCAGACAGAGCGAUUGAAGCAGAGCUUCGCUGCAGACCUGACGAGCAGAAACAAGACUCUGGAGCUGAUGCGCGGGUACCUUGACGGAGACUGGAAUCGGACCAGCACGUUGGUCCUCGGCCUCCGCUCCAAGAUGAAGAGGUUUGCGCUUCUGGUCGAGGGCUGCAAAGAAUCUGUUGCAGCAGAUCAGUGUAUCAUGUCAAACGAGACCCUGUGGGACUUUAGGAACCUUUGUCCUCUCACGGUCAAUCAAACAAAUGGCUCCCUUACCGUGAGGAAGAUUGGGAAUGGGACCAUACUUGAAAAUACCAACGCCUUCAUCCCAAAUCCUGCCUGCAAGAAUGACGAUAACAGCAAUAGACUGUGUCCAUGCUGCCGCUCAUGCGAAGCCGUGAUCCAGAGCAUUGACAAGGUCUUAUCUUCGUUUUCCAUCCAGCCCAGCAAGAGCAGCAACAGCUUUCACUUUUAUACAAGCGAUGAAUGCAAUAGUGCCAUUGCACAACUGUCAGACUUGCUCUUCAACCAGCUCAAGCUCAUCUCGACCUGGAGCAUAGAGUUUUAUCAGCAGACGCAACAUAUUUUCAGUUCCGAGGCAAACUCCCGUACUUUGCGAAGAGUGAUCGCCUAUGCCUUCUGGGGGUUCGUCUUUUUAACGAUUGCGUGUCUAUAUCUUUCCCUCCUUCUGGGCUUGCAAGCUCUCUGGACUUUGGGCAAGGUUUUGAUCCUUCUCGCAUCGUUGUUCAGUUGGGUGUUAUGGGGGAUAACUUCUGUGUUCGUUGUUCCUCAAGAAGACAUGUGUCGCUUGCUGCUCCCUCCCCCCGCCUCCACCAACUCUUCCUCUGUUUUCUUCCUGACUCUCCAACUGGUUGACAACAACCUGCGAAAUACCAUCUCUGAUUGCGCUCUCCGACCAUCCGGCGACAUGUGGAGCUUGCAGAAGAUGAACAUCUUGGGGAUGCAACGGAGCUUGUCGCCCCUGCAGCUCUACAGCCGCGUCAGUGAUGAUGUGCUGAGCACUCUCAUGAUUGCCGACUACCUGAGGGUCAUCGAGCCCGAGCUGCAGACCGUCAUGGACAUGCAGGCGACAGGAGAUGAGUUUGGGUACUCCUCUAGAUACGACCCCAGCUCCACGCGAGGACAAGCGUUCAAGCUGUAUCUUGACUUGCUUCAGCAGCAGAUUUCAAGCAUGCAGCAAGACGUUCAGUCGCUCAGAAGCUCGUUGGACAGCGUCAAGCUCUCAGCUAGCCAGCAGCGGUACCAAUUUGACAAGAUGGCACUGGCGAACAAUGAAGACAUUCAAAAGACUAUCAGCGAGAUGAUGACCAUGGGCUCCUGUGAGAGCUUGACUUUAGUCUACAACAAGUGGUACAAGAACCUCUGUGAGGGAGCGAGGAACAGCCUCGAGAGCGUCUGGAUCGCUUGCUUUGUCCUCUCCAUUACACUUCCUGUCACUCUACUCUUCACUUAUCAUGUCGCCAAGCAGUCGACUCAGAGAUCGAGAGACGCUGAGAAUCCGCUGACCAACUUGAACGUGAUGUUUGACUUCAGGCGAUACAGGCUCAGCAAGCGUUUCCGCAUGGCAGAAGCUCGGCUAGCACGAGACAAGCUCCGCGGCCAUAGAAUGGCUAAAGGCAAAAAUCUUGCGACCCUGAAGGAGCCCGAGAGCAGGGCAACGAUCAACGGCAACGUGUGCACAGUCGCGUUAGGGGAAGGAGUGGACGGGUGGGGACACGCGAGCAACAGGGGCAGAUUACCAAAGGAAGAGCUCGAGCUCCGCGUGUUCCCAGAGCAUCCUAAGCAGUUCAGCAGGAUGGAGCAGAUGAUGCUGCGAGGAAGGACGGAGGAGCUUCGCCUGUUCGACCCCCUGGCCACUUCCCAGCUGAACCGCUUGAAGCUGGUAUCGCCUGAUCAAGGAUGGAAGAUGCAGUACGAUGACAGGACCAAGGCUCUCAGAUGGGUGAAAGAUGACAGUGGUGACGAAGAGCAGGAGUCACAGGGCUUCAUGACGGAGAACCAGAAGAACGAAGUGAAGUUGCUCAUCUUCCACCCCAUCGACGACCCUCAACAGGCGUCUGUCAUCAUCUCCAAGUUCUUCUACAAGAUCGAUGUUGACGCCUCCGGCACCAUCGACGAGCAGGAGCUUUCCAAGGCGCUCAAGACGCUCGGCCUCCUCCUCUCCCCCUCGGACAUCCGAGCCGUUCUGCGCGAAGCAGAUCGAAGACAGAACGGCCUCCUGGACCACAAGGACUUUCUCUCUUUCGUCUUCAUGCUCAACAGGAAGAUUGCUGAUGCCAAACGAGCGAGGGACGCGCAAGUAGCAGGGGAAGGUGAAGCUCAGAGGAGACAGAUCCUGGAGCAGGAUCAAGAUCGACCGUCCUCGCUGGGGUCUCUUUCGUCUCCCUCGUUAAUUGCUGAGAGGCAGGACGAGAUGGAGAAGCUGGAGAUGACGAAGGCGAUCAUCAGGCAGCGCGUCCUCAGCGCAAACUCCUCCAACGAUCAUAUCUACAAGCACCAGAUCCCCGAGGUGGGAGACUUGCUGGGCCACACGUGGGACGCGCAGUUUGCGCAGGAUUUGCUGCUGGUGUGCAAGAAGGAGGAAGCGAUCUCAGUGGACGAGUUCUGGGGAUGGUACAGCACGUGGCUGAAGGGGAAGGGGAGGAAGGAGUCAUGGGAGGAGGAAGGAGAUACUUGGAGGGGGACAAGCGAGAUCUCGUUUCCUAACUACGAGGAGCUUCAGAGGAUGCGAGCUAAGAAGAACUUGGAAUGGCAUCGGUCGCUCAGCCUGCAAGUCAGCGCCGUGCAGACGUCAGCGCAGGGAGUUCUUGACUGGUGGCAGAUGUCGACCGAGAAGACUGGUGGGUGA